AUGGGAAGUUUUACCACAGCUAUUCUGGACACGGGAAUCGACUCUGGUGGGUGCUGGGUUGCCGUCCUUGAAAAUACCACGGCGAAUGCGCCGGGACUCCCGUCGGCCCUGUCUCUGAGGGCCACUUGUCUUGCCCAUAAGACUCUGCACUGCCUGCGCCUCAAGGUCCAAGGCAUGUCUGCAUCUGCAGUCCGCAGCAACCGAGAAACACCAAAGAUGAAAGCCGCACUCGUUCACUUGAUCGCUCUGGCCGGACUGGGCACUGCCAGGUCCGUCGUUUUAGAUGGCGCGUCUGCGCUCAACAGCCCUCGCCUUGAUGAGAAGGCACUGUCGGCAGGCACGCAAGUUGUUGGCGCAACCACGAAUAGCACCAGGGUCCAAAGACAUCUAGCAUCACGAGGCGGCCUCGACGGGUGUAAAAAGAGGGCUGGGGGACUUACUCAAACCCCAAAGACGACCUCGCAAGACCGACACGAGGUCAGCUCAGAGAGGCUUGCGCCUCAGUUGCAGCCCAACUCGGCCCCAUGGCGAGAACACGAGGGCGGGAGCGAAACCGCAUCUCUCGGGAAACGGACAAACAAGGAGACCAGACAGGACAAGACUCUUCCAGAGCUGGCCAAAGCGGCGUUGCUGAAGCUCCAAAACCUCUCCGGAGACAGAUCAACGCGAACUCUGGUAACCGCUGAUAUUCUGCUCCCCUUUGCGCGAUCGGCGCUCGAACAGCUGAAGAAAUGGAACAACGUAAUUGGACAAAGCGUCAAGGCGUUUGACGACGCCGUGGCUGAUCUGCAACAGGCCAUCGGGGGCAAGCCAGUACCCGAGAUCUUCGGCAACGAGCUCAAGCUAAGGAUGAUUUGCUUUCUGCGAGACGACCCCAUGGGGGCCAACGGCAUCGACAUCGCGUGCCAGCGACUCCGGGGACAAGACGAGCAGAGUUCAGCCGAGGAAGAAAACACGCUGCGAAACGCGCUCAGCCAGGUCUUCGAGGACUGCGCCAAGGCCUCCCAGGAGACUUCGCCGGCCGCCGCGGACAACCAGGACAUCCAUCCGCGUCAGAAAUGCGACGAGCUCAGCAGGAAGACGCUGGAGCUCGGGGAGGCCACGGAAGCGCUGAUUGAGCUGCGGAAAGAGGUCCGACAGCGCCUGAAGGAUGGCGGCCAGGUCGAGCGCAGGGACGUCGACAGGGCGGCUAGGCUGAUCCGCAAGGGCGGCUUCGGCACGCUCAACAGGAAAGUCGCCAACUGGGACACCAAGAUGGCUGCGUGGUAUCUCGACGAUGUCGUUGCCUCGGCCGAGUCGAAAACUAAGAAGUACAGCCCUCGGGUCCUGCCGGAGUGGGCGACCAAGACACGCGUCGCGGCGAGCGAGAUCCCGCAAAGCCACGUGGCCGAGUUCAGGGCGUUGCGGAUCAUAUAUGAAGGGCCGUACCGCGGCAUGUUCGAGAGCACCGAGCCAGUCCGGGACUGGGAUGUGUGCUGGUCGGCCGCGGGCCUCGAGGAGUCCCAGCCUCAUCAGUGGGAUACGUUGUCUGCCGCGCUGACCUACCUCGACAGCAGUCUUCGGGUGUUUGACUUUGCCUGCAAGGUAUGCGAGUGUACAUGGACUCAGGAGUUCAAGCUUCGCUGCGGCUUGACUGAGACUGAAGACGGCUAUUAUAUUAGCAAGAAGCGCAGCUUGCUUGGUGGUGCUUUUUAA